ACUUGAAGACCUGUCUUCAUCGGAGCGUGCUGUCUUACCACUUGGGCAGAGGCGCUCUCUUUGCGACUGCUCAAGCCGCCGGGCUCGUCCGCCGAUCGCUUUCGUGUUAUUCUUAGCUGAGAAGGGCCCCGCCGCACUCAUCCACGCAACGCUCCCCACGAGACUACCGUCUCUUGGCCGCCGACACUGCAAUGCCUUCGAAACCGUCCAAGCUGCCGUGGUCCAAGUCGAACCGCUCGCACUCUUCUGUCGACACCUCCUCUGGACACCCGUCGCCGGGCACAUCCUCGCUGGCUGUGAACAACGAGCCCGCCGCCCAAAGAUUCCUUCCCCCCGAGGCCGGACAGCAGAUUGCACAGAACCCGCAAGCUCCUGUGCAGCAGAUACCCGCCGGCGUCCCUCCCGCCGCUUAUAGACAGCAGUUCCCGCAGCGCACGACGAGCCACCGACACUCGGCGAACCUCUCGCUCGACCAGCAGAGCCUCCAACCGCUCCCAGGCGCCCCCCAGCCGUCGCCCAGCUACGAUCAGCCUCGCCGCGGCUCAUACCAGCCUCAAUCGCCCGCCGUCUACGUGCAGGAGCCGAAGAAGCAGUCGCUUCGCAGCCGGCUGGGCCUCACAGGACACAAGGAGGAGGACCACUCGAAGCAUUCCAGCAAGAACGGAGUCAAUCGACGGCACUCGGUCAGGAAGAGCGAUCCCCGUGCUGACGAGUAUCAAGCCCAGCAGAACAACCGACUGCAAGCUGCGCAGUGGAAUCAACGGCAGGGAUCCAGCCCGCAUUUAGCCACCUCAAACGAGCAGGACGAGGACAACCUAGACCCUUUCCUCCAGCAAGAGGACAGUGAUACGCCUCAGGUGCCCCCGAAAGACGCUCAGUAUCAGCCCCAUCCGCAGCAGUUUGCUCAAAAUCCGCAUCAGGAACAGUACAGCCGGCCCCCACUCGCUAGAGUGAACACGGAGGGGAGUUAUCACACCCAAGGCGGGGUAGACCACAACAGCCCAGAACACCAGAGCCUCCAACAACAGCAGCAGCAGCAGCAGCAACAACAAGCCCAGCAGCAAUACCAAAGCUACCAGCCGCCGGUCCAGCACACGCAGAACCCGAACGAGUAUCAGGCGUUCCAUCCUCCGACCGCGCCAAGCCCGCACAUAGGCACGACUCAGCUGCACCCCCAGGACCACGCAGCGCAACAGAAUUACUACCAGUACCAACAGCAGCAAGCACAACAGCAAGUGCAGCAGCAAUCUCCCCAGUCCGCUCAAGAUCCCCAAGGGCAAACAAUCCACUACCCGCCGCCCCCUCAGUUCUCACCGCAGGUUCAGCCGCACCAGGGCCAAGACUUCCAACACGUCCGCCCGCCCUCGCAAGCCGCGCAACUCGAACUGCAGACUCCACAGCCGGCCCAACAGAUCCCCCAGAUAGUGCAAGGCGGCCAACAUUUGCAGCAGCUUCGACCGCCGUCAUCGCAGCAGCAGCUCGCCCCACCAUCGCCCCUCCAACCCCAGGCCCAGACCUACCAACCCUACGACGCCCAACAGGGGCAGCAAUCGCAAGCCGCUGACCCCCACUCUCAGAACAACACGCCGCCGCAGCAAGGGCAGGACAGUAUGGCGCCUCAGAACAACCAGCAGCGGAACACAUUGAGGAAGGUGAACGAAGCAGGCCAGCCACCAUCUGGGGCGCCGUCAAGGGAGUCUUCGCUCCUCCAGCAGCCCUCGGCUCAAGGUCAGGCCCAAGGACAACCGCCUGUGUCUCCGGGCAUCCAGACGUUUGGCGCUAACGUUGUGCCAACAGCUUCGCAAGGGCAGCCUUACCGGGGGGAGAAGGGGCAGCAAGGGCAGGGUGGGGAAAUGGGACGGGCAACACCGCCCCCGCGGUCUGCUACCGAUAUGACCGACGAAGAAAUUAGCCAAUUGGUCAAGGAGCACGAAAAUUUACGCGAGAAAUAUCAAAAGGUCAAGCGAUACUUCUUCGAGCAGCAAACACAGGUACACCAGCUACAGAACACCCUCGCAAACCAGCGUCUCUCGCUUUCGCGCACGUCCUGGGACGACAGCGAAUAUGCUACCAGGUUCAACCGAUUAGACGGACUAAUAGCACAGCUCUCUUUCUCCAUUCGCAAAGACUGGAAGUCGAUUCCGCCAUGGUUACAGACCGUGGUCAACAAGAAUGCAGUAGAGACAGGCAAGCAAGAGAUGACCGCGGUUGGCCGCGCUUUUAUCUCAUGCUGGCUGGUGGAAAACAUCUUUGACAAGUACUUCCAUCCCGACUUGGAGCCCGGCUUAUCGACCCAAUUGAAGGCGAUUCAGCUUAACAUCCGAAGGUUCUCGCCAACCUGCCACACCACUGAGGACGAAGAUGCUUUGGUGGCAAAGGUCAUCAAUUGGCGGCUCGCCACUUUGGAAGGCCUGACAGACCUGCUGAAGGCUCAAUCAGCGGCGUCAAACCGGCAAACUCUGACAGAGACUCUCAAUGAGAAGCUCAUAGGGUCUUUACAAAUGUUUUUGAAUGAUCCAGCGCCUCCAGAUUUGAACGGAGGUGUCCCCAUGAUUGUCGAGCUGGCGGUCAACAUUGCCCAGCAUCUUCCACUGGAGAGCAGAGAAGUGCACAUCGAGUACUUCCCUCCAGGUCAUGGCCUUGUGUCAGAGUUCAUGAAGAUGGAGUCAGGCAUCCCCGCCUUGACCAACCCGAUUCAAGAGCUAGAUGAAGCCGACCGUGCUUCCCUGAAGAGCGUAGCAUCCAAGAUGGAGGACAAUGCCUCAAUUACAGAUCAGGACCAGCAGAGCCAACAAGGUCAGCAGGCCAGUCAGAUCCCGAAGGAGGAUAAGAAGCGCAGCAUGUUCGGCUUUGGCGCAUCAAAGAAACCUUCGCAGACUCCUGCUUCGCUAGGGAAACGCGAAUCCUCCCUCGGCCAAGGAGGCAGUCAGCAGAGCCUCUCCCAGGCUCCAUCUGGCAGCUCGGCUGGGACAAAAGAAGACCCUCCACCACCGAGAGUACGCAUGGCUGUUGGCGUUGCGGUGCAGAUCCGCGGGAAGAGCAUUUUGUUCAAGGCGCCUGUGUACAGCACAUAAGCGAUGAGAUUUUGGAAUGAACGAGCGACGAUAUAGAGUGGGUCAUGUGGAUAUGCACGAUUUCUUUUUGAUGUCUCUAUUUCACUUCUCAACCCCCAUUUGGUUGGUUGGAUUCCCUAGACUGGGUUGGAAAUGAUUAGGUUUUGACUGUAGCUAAAAUGCCCGGCUUCGGCGAAAGGGAAGUUCAACGGUAGUUUUUGGCUUUCUCGUGGUUGUGUAUG